AGUGGUCGAUAAAGCGGAAAAAAUCGAAUUAAUAAGCGCGUGCCUGGGAAGCAAAAAACCAACGGCUAGAAAAGGGAUAUUUUUGAGAAACAACAACAACAAAAAAAGCAAAAAUGAGAAAUUGUGACAAAACAAAUAUUUAUUGACAAACAAGAGUGUGAAAAUUUUAUUAAAAUAAAAAAGUGCAAUAAAAUCAAAGUUUCUUCUUACUCCAGGCAAUUCCGCUAUGACGAGUAGUAUUUUUUCGCAUUUUUGCCAGCUGUGACUUGCUUUUCCUGCGAACUUUUGCGCUAAUUAAAUACAGUGUAGAGAAAUUUUCACGUGCGUAUGUGUGUGAGUGCGUGCAUGUGCGCGCCAAUGAGUAUGUCAGAUUGUGGUAGAAAGUAAAAGUAUUUUGAAGCCGCAAGCUUAAUUUGAGUAGGAAGCCAGCCAGCGACGCAUUUGUAAAAUUUUGGUUUUCGUUGUUUGGGAUUUCUCCCCAAUACAAGCAGCGCCACAGUGACCAAUAGCUGGCAAAUACUGACAUAUGUAAAUACAUACAUAUUUACACACAUUUUUUAAUUGCUUUGAAGUGUAAUUCGAACGCGAUUUCCGUGCAAACAUUUCCGGCGGCGCUUGCUAUUUCACCCAAGCGCUUUGUGUGUGUGUGUGUGUGUGUGUGAUAAACGCACGUUUCAAGUGGCCUAAAAGCAAAAACGUGUGCCAUUGACGCUGCUGUGCAAACGGCAAUUGGCGACAAAGUAGCGUGUGCGCUUUUGUUUUAGCGACGUGCUGUCGCCAACGUGAUUUCCGCUCGGCCAUUGUGAGCGGUUGUACUGAUUUUUUUCACUUAUGUAGUUCAUUGCUGACAUACACGGCGUAUGAGUGAUUUUUAAUAUUUUUUUAUUUUUAUUUUUUGACAAAAGCUAGCCGAUUGUUGCAGCAAAUCUAUACUUAUCCCUAGAAAACAAAAGCAACAAGCCAAUUUGUAACAAGGCAAGCGACAAAAGCGUGCCAGCGUUAAGUGUUCCGGUUUUCGAUUGUUAUCGCUUAGCUGCCGCAAACGGAAGUGAUCAGCUACAACUACAUAUUUAGCAUAAAAUGGCACGCGUGCGACGAAUUGUGUGUGUGCAACAUUAACAACGAAAUAUAUUUUAAUGGCAGCGCUUAAAAGUAUGCAGCAUGCAGCGAAAUAAAGCUUAAGGCGGCCAAAAGUAUGCUAUACUUAUACGUUGAGCUAGCAGAGUGCAAAAGUGUAAAGUACACAGCGCUGCAAAGGCCAAUUCGCAAUAAAUAUUUAUAAUGCUGAAAGAGUGCAUUACUAAAAAUUACUAUUGUAAUUACAACAACAUUGCGAUUACAUGAAAUUAAACAGAGAAGAGUAACGACUUAACAAAAAGAAAAUAAAUUAAACAAAUUAAAAAUCAAAGCAAAGGGUAAAUCGAAGAAGUGAAGAGCGCAAAUGUGAAAGUGAAACUAUGUAGAGAGUGCACUUACAAAGCGAAUGACUAGAAAUACAAUAACAAAGGAGCUCACUAAUUGCUGCACACAAAGAAGCGCACCAAAAGCAAAGUCAAGAAUACGACGAAGCAAGACUACAACAGAUUACCAACUGAGUAAAAGCAACUACUACACGAGUACUUGGAAUUGUUGAAAGUAAUUGUAAGAAACUUAAGAAUCAAAAAAAAAAAAAAAAAUUACAAUCUUAGUGCAUACAUACAAUUGCAAUAUCUACACAAUGACUAUAUGUAUGGCGAAAGCAACAACUGCAUCGAGCAAGCAACGAGCGAAUCCUUGUCAACACAAAGCAUAGAACGGCAAGAUUAGGACGCUUUAAGGAAGAUAGUGGCUUUCCGCAACAUAGCACUUGAAAGCCUCAACUAUCCGCUUACUUUUGCGCAAUUGACAGCUACAAGUGUUUGAAUUUAAGAUUUUCGAAAGUUGCUUUAAGCAAAAGAAGAAGAAGAAGAAAAAGAUUACAGCACUGCAGACAUGGCGGAAGGCGACAAUUACGAUGAUGAGUUGGUCUCCAGCAACCCCAACCAGCGGAACUGGCGCGGAAUUUUCAUCGCCUUAUUGGUGAUAAUCAUUGUACUGGCAUUAAUUGUUACAUCAGUGGUACUACUCACACCACCCGAUGAGGGGCCGCGCGUCAAGGGACAACGCAUCAAGCUGCAGGACAUUGUGGAUGGACUCUUUAUGCCACAGCGAACCAAUGGUACAUGGAUAAAUGGUGAGGAAUUUCUAUAUCAGGAUCAUUGGGGACGAAUUGUGUUAUUAAAUGCAACCAGUCUUACCGAAAGAGUGCUCAUGUCAAAUGUAACGUAUAAAACACUUGCACCAUAUACUUUUACUAUAUCAGCUGAUAAACGUUACAUUUUAUUGGCGCAAAAUGUUGUCAAGCUUUUCCGGUAUUCAUUUUUGGCUCAAUAUACAAUCUUCGAUGUACAAACGAGUGAAAGCAUCAAGUUGAAAAUCGAUGCGCACAGCGAUGAGUGGCCCUAUCUACACUAUGCUCGCUUCGUGUCCACCCAAGCAGUUGGCAAUGACAAUGCAACCACCUCCGCGCCAACCACCGCCGGAAAUGCGCUGGUGCUGGUCUACAACUAUGACAUCUACUACUGCCAAGGGCCGCGCUCCACCCAUCAUGUGCAUCGUAUAACGCGCGACGCUGUGCCUGGCAUCGUCUAUAAUGGCAUACCAGAUUGGCUCUAUGAAGAGGAAAUCCUGCACUCGAAUAAUGCAAUUUGGCUCUCGAAGAAUGGACACUUAAUGCUUUACGGUGCGUUCAAUGAUUCGUUAGUGCAGGAGCAGCAUUUCGCUUGGUAUGGCACGACAAGUGGUGGCAAUCCGAAUGCGUAUCUCUAUCCGGAAAUCAGAUCAUUAAGAUAUCCGAAGCCCAGCACACAAAAUCCAAUAGUCAAAUUACGCGUUGCCGACAUAAGAAAUCCAGAGGAUAUCAAAAUAAGAGAUCUACAACCGCCGCAUGUACUGCAAAAUGAAGAUCACUACUUCAGCAGCGCCAGUUGGGUGAGCGAAACGGAGAUCUGUGUAGUUUGGUUGAAUCGUCCGCAAAACAUUUCGGUGGUCAGCAUCUGUAAGAGUCCAUUGUUUAUGUGCGUUGAGACUCAUCGCGUGAGCGGUGACGGUCGCGGUUGGGUGGAUACCAAUUCGGUGCCAUUGUUUGCCGCGAAUGCAACUUCCUAUGUUGCCAUAUCGCCAUUGCGUGACGGCACGUCCGGCUAUUUCCGUCACAUUGUGCACGUCCAUGUGGCCAGAAAGCGUGUCCUGCCACUAACGCAUGGCCAGUACGAAGUGAAUGAGUUGCUACAUUGGGACCAGCUGAAUAAUUGGAUCUACUUUCUUGGCAUACCGGAACGCCUGCCGGGUCAGCAGCACCUGUAUCGCGUGUCCGCUUUACCACCACGUCACGGCUCGCCGAUUCUGCUGCCCGAAUGUCUAACAUGCCCAACACAAUUGCGCAGCAGCCAUCAAGGGGCCGAGGGGCAAACGAAACCGCCGCCAAAAUUGGUCACGGCAUGGGACGAUGACUGGGAGGAUUCUGAAGAGCGUCAAACUUUGCCGCCACCCACUCUAACACCGGAACACAAGCAUCCAAAAUCGUCACACCACCAUAUCGAACCCAGUGAAUGUCUCUAUCACACCGCUAAGUUUCCGUUGGCAAUGCGAGCGCGUUAUGUGCUCAUUGAAUGUCUGGGUCCAGUGAUACCCACCUCAACAGUGUACGCACUCACUGGUGUUUAUGGCGAGUUCAACGAUAAGAAAUCAAUGCCGCCAAAGAAAUCCGAGGCGCUAGAGUUACUCCUGACAGUGCAGAAUAACACGCGCCUGAAGGAGAAAAUGUUGCGCACUGCAUUGCCGCAGGUGAAAACCUUUCCAGUCAUGAUAUCGGGCGGUUAUCACGCACAAGUGCGUCUCUUCCUGCCGCCCGUGCUGCGUGAGGAUGAGAUAACCCGCUACCCCACUAUAUUGCACGUGUACUCGGGACCAGGCACGCAGUUGGUUACAGAAAAAUGGCACGUCGAUUGGAAUACCUACUUGUCGGGGACGAAAGACUACAUUGUAAUAGAAAUCGAUGGACGAGGCUCAUCGGGUCAGGGCUAUCAAUUGCUGCAUGAAAUCUACAAGCGACUAGGAUCCGUAGAGGUGUCCGAUCAGCUGGAAGUGAGUGAAUAUCUGCGUGACAAUUUACAUUUCAUAGAUGGUCGCCGGAUGGGUGUAUGGGGUUGGAGCUAUGGCGGCUACACUGCAGCACUGGCGCUUGCGGGUACCCAGUCGAUCUUUCAGUGUGGCAUCAGCGUUUCACCGGUGACGAAUUGGAAGCUUUACGAUUCCACCUAUGCUGAACGCUACUUAAGCUUUCCGAAUGUGACUGACAAUUACAAGGGCUACGAGGAGGGUGAUCUCUCCAAAUAUGUGGAUAAUCUGCGCGAUCGUCAAUUCCUACUGGUGCAUGGCACCGCCGAUGACAAUGUACACGUGCAGCAGUCAAUGGUGUUGGCGCGUGCGUUAACCAAUAAAGGUGUGCUCUACAAACAACAAAUCUACCCAGAUGAAGGACAUACGCUGUCGGGUGUUAAAAGACAUCUCUAUCGCUCGAUGACAAGUUUCUUUGAGGAUUGCUUUAAGAAGUUGGUGCCGCCCGAGUCUAAAGCUGGCCUUGGAAAUGGUGGUGGUAGUGAUAUACAACAGCAAUAAAGUUAUGAAAAUGCUUUAACAUUUUGAUUAAUUACAAGUGUACAGUGUAGCGCCUGAAAUUAUGUGCUCAACAUUUUUGUGUUUGAAAAACUUGGAUGCGACAUAAUUUUCAACAAAAACCACUAUUAACUGGUAUGUAUUUGAAAGAUGCAAAAUCAAAAUUCGGUCAAAAAUAAACUAUGUAGACGAGUAUUACAAAUUUCAUGGUUGUGAAAACUAAAACACAAAAGCAACAAAAACAACAUAAUGUCCGUGCGCCAAAAAGUCGACUUUACUGGCAAAUAACCGAAAAAUAUAUGUAAUUAUGUGACGGGCAGCAGCAGCAACAAAAUUAAAACAGAAAAAAAUAAAAAUAAAAAUUUUGGGACAAAAUAGUACAAGCAGAAGAUCAAAAGUCCAUGCAGUGAAAAACAGAAAAACAAAGCACUCUCUCAAAUGAAGCUGCUUUUGAGGCAAAGUGAGUUUUAUUAUCAGAAAUUGUUUGUAAAAACACAAAAACAAUAUAGCCAGUCAAGAAAAGACAGCAACAACAAAAAUAAUUUGUUUAAGAAUUUAAAAGAAAAUAUGAAAUUGUUGCUGAAGUACAAAAAGUCGCCGAUAAAAGUACAACCGUAUUAUGUAACUCGAAUGUCAGUCACUUUUUCUCGUGGGUGAGUGGAAUUUCUAAGAAAAUAAGUACAGCAUACCUUUAGGCACUGGGUGUAUUUGUGUGGAACUCAUUAGCGCCACAUAGCGGAACUAUUAGCGCCACAUAGCGAAGCUUUCAUUACAAUCCCCAGGAAGUAUGGCAAAUAUACGUCUAAAUUUUUUAGGUUAAAAGUUUCUUUUGCUUUUCAAAAAUAGUAUCGCGAAGUCUUAAGUUUCUAAGUAUUUAUCAAAUUGCUAGACGUUUUGCAAAUUUUUAAUAAAAGCUCGAAUAAAAUUAGUAGUGUAAGCGUUAAAUUAAGUAUUGUGUAAAUUUUUAAAAUUGAUCAAAUAGCAUACAAAAGUACAUUUCUAAAGUAGUAGUGCAAAUACUGUUUAGAUAUUUAAA